UGCGUCGUCGGGCACGGAGUACCCGGCUGGCGCCUAGGAGCAGAGACAGUCCCAUUUCGAGGCCUUGGAAGCGCCGCCUGUGGUACGUCACGUGACUGGAGGGGAGCCCCUCCCAACACUAGCUGAGAGACACCGAGACCGGGCGAGAGCAGAGAAACCGGGAGCUACCGAGCCGGAGGCUUUUCCAGCACCGGAAGGGGAGAGACACUCGGCGGGCAAAGAAUGAGGAGCUCAGCCGCCGAAGGGACACUUGAAGCGCAGCCGAGCUGCUGAGAGACGACACACUGGGCUAAUCUCCCGUAUUGUCGGUGGGGGAGGAGGAAGGAGCAUAGUCUGCUGUGGCAGCGCCCGGGCCGGAGGCCUCACGGGAGGAGGAGCUGAAGGUCCAGUUGUGGGAAGGACAAACUUUCAGAAGCAUGGUUGAAGCGCAGACUUUCAUUCUGCACACAAUCGGAGCGGUGGUGAUAAAUGCAAUAUGAACCGUGAAGAACGGAACGUGCUGCGUAUGAAAGAAAGGGAAAGGCGAAAUCAAGAAAUUCAGCAGGGCGAAGAGACCUUUCCAUCUACCUCUCCUCUCUUUGCUGAACCUUAUAAAGUUACAAGCAAGGAAGAUAAAUUAUCAAACCGUAUCCAGAGCAUGCUGGGAAACUACGAUGAGAUGAAAGAAAUGAUAAGUGACCGACCUUUGCCGAUUGAGAUUCCCAAGCACACUGUCCCACCCCCACCCUCCGAUGAGAAAUCUGGACAGGGUUUCUUUACAGAUCAGAGACAUAGUAACUCUCACCAGAGCAGUAAAUGGACUCCUGUGGGACCUGCACCUAGCACUUCUCAGUCCCAGAAACGGUCCUCGUCUAGUGCCCAGGGAGGACACAGCAGGAGCAGCGGCGGCAGCAGCAGUCAAAGGCACGACAGGGAGUCUUACAGCAGCAGUCGUAAAAAAGGGCAACAUGGAUCAGAUCAUUCUAAAUCUCGUUCCAUUAGUCCCGCAAAACAGUCUGCAUUAAGUUCUAGUCAUUCCCGUUCUCAUGGGAAUGAUCACCAUAGCAAGGAUCGGCCACGUUCGAAAUCUCCAAGGGAUCCUGAUGCUAACUGGGAUUCUCCUUCUCGAGCACCUUCAUUUUCAAGUGGGCAGCACUCCACCCAGGCUUUCCCCCCAUCGUUAAUGUCCAAGUCUAGCUCAAUGCUGCAGAAACCUACGGCUUAUGUACGGCCCAUGGACGGGCCAGAGUCUGUGGAACCAAAACUGUCUUCUGAACACUACAGCAGCCAGUCUCAAAGCAACAGUAUGAGUGAACUGAAAUCAAACAGCAAAGCACAUUUAACAAAGUUGAAGAUACCUUCCCAGCCUCUGGAUGCUUCUGCAUCCGGUGAUGUUAGCUGUGUGGAUGAAAUUCUAAAAGAAAUGACGCAUUCAUGGCCUCCACCCUUGACUGCGAUUCACACCCCUUGCAAAACUGAGCCCUCUAAAUUCCCCUUCCCAACAAAGGAAUCACAGCAACCUAGCUUUGCCACUACUGAACAAAAGCGAUACACUGCAUCAGCCAGAGCUUCCAAUGGACAUCAGUCUAAACCUAGUCUGAAAGAAGACUUGAAGUUAAGCAGCAGUGAAGAUAGUGAUGCAGAUCAGGACUGUGAUAAGACUGUACCAACCAACACACCGGGAAGUAACUCAGAGCCGUCCCAAAAUAAUAGUGAAGGAGCUGACAAUUCCAGGGAUGAUUCCAGUAGCCACAGUGGGUCAGAGAGCAGCUCAGGCUCCGAUUCUGAGAGCGAGAGCAGCUCUAGUGACAGCGAGGCUAACGAACCAUCACGUAGUGCAUCACCUGAGCCUGAACCUCCACCUUCAAAUAAGUGGCAGUUGGACAAUUGGUUGAAUAAAGUGAACCCACACAAAGUGUCUCCAGCAUCUUCAGUAGAAAGCAAUAUUCCAUCAUCACAAGGUUACAAAAAGGAGGUCCAAGAGCUGGGUACUGGAACUGGCUAUACAGAACCUAGUGGACCAAAGGAGUCCAGUGCUUCUACACCAGUCCGAGAAACCAAGGCUGCACAGAAGGGUUCUGAGGGGAGCCGGGGAAGACAGAAGUCUCCAGCCAACAGUGAGAGUGCAACUCAACGAAGAAAUUUUGGAAAGAAACAACCAAACAAACCAGCAGUCGAGGCGCCAAGAAGGGAACUCAAAGUGGAAAGUGUCACUACUGCAGAAACAACCACCAAUUUGCCUCCUAAUAGACACAAGGCAGCCACAAAGGGUUUACGAAAACCCAAUAUAAAAAAAGAGCCCAAGUCAUCUCCCCGGCAGGCAACUGAGAGGAAAAAGUACAAGACUGCAAAACCAUCUCAGAAAUCCAAGGAAUUUAUUGAAACUGAUACCUCAUCCUCUGAUUCAGAUGAAAUUGAGAGCCUUCCUCCUUCAUCCCAAACCCCCAAAUAUUCAGAGAGCAAUAGGACUCCUCCAGCCAAACCUUCCACUGAGGAGGAUGAUAGCUUUUUCCGACAGCGAUUGUUCUCUCCUAUGGAAGAGAAGGAGCUUCUUUCACCACUAAGUGAACCUGAGGACAGAUACCCUCUUAUUGUAAAAAUUGACUUGAGCCUAUUAACUCGAAUACCAGGGAGACCUGUUAAGGACACAGAACCACCUAAGGUUGAAAAGGCUGCUCCUGAAAAACAUCCAAAAGAAAACCAGAAGCAAACUGAAAAAACAUCAACCAGUGGAAAGAGGAAACACAAGAUUGAUGAUGAAUCCAGGGGGAAUGAUAGCAAGAAACCAAAGCUAGAAGAAAAAGCAUCAAGCCACAAGUCAUCUAGCAGAGAGUCAUCCAAGCAGAAUCCAGUAAAAGAGAAAGAUCCUCUGCCAUCUCCAGCUCAACCCGUGCAGCAGAAAGAUGCCAAGACAGAGCAUGGGACACGGAAAAGAUCAGCCAGUCAGUCAUCCUCUUUGAAGUCUAGCAGCAGCGGCAGCACUAAGGAGAGCAGCACCAAGAGCAGUUCUUCUGCUAAGCAAAGAAAGACUGAAGGAAAAAGCUCUAGCAGUGCGAAAGAACCCAAGGAAAAAACAUCAAAUACUGCUGCUGCUGCCUUAGCCUUCAUACCACCGAUUGAUAGCAAGUCACGAAGGGCCAAGCUUUCAUUCGAAGACAGAAACCAUUCAGCUGAUCAUUACCUGCAGGAGGCAAAGAAACUGAAGCACAAUGCAGAUGCUUUGUCUGAUAGAUUUGAAAAAGCAGUAUACUACUUGGAUGCAGUCGUGUCUUUUAUUGAGUGUGGGAAUGCACUGGAGAAGAGUGUCCAAGAAGCAAAGUCUCCAUUUCCUAUGUAUUCAGAAACCGUGGAACUCAUUAAGUAUACUAUGAAGCUGAAGAGUUAUUCUGCUCCAGAUGCUACUGCGGCUGAUAAAAGGCUUGGUGUUCUUUGUCUCAGGUGCCAGUCUCUUCUGUACUUGAGGUUGUUUAAACUGAAGAAGGAGAGUGCAUUGAAGUAUUCCAAAACAUUAACUGAGCAUUUGAAAAACUCUUACAGUAAUUCACAAGCCCCAUCACCUGGUUUGGGAAGCAAGUCUGUAAGUAUGCCUUCGCCAGUGUCCCCAAAGCUGUCACCUGGCAACUCCAACAGCUAUACCUCCAGUGUGUCCAGUUCCUCAGGUGGUUCAUCGUCCGUAACUAUUCCACACAGGAUACAUCAGAUGGCAGCCAGCUACGUUCAAGUCACAUCCAACUUCCUUUUUGCCACUGAAAUUUGGGACCAGGCAGAACAGCUCUGUAAAGAGCAAAGUGAGUUUUUUACGGAAUUGGACAAAGUAAUGGGCCCCUUGGUCUUUAACGCAAGCACCAUGACAGAACUGGUACGAUACACCCGUCAAGGCCUGCAUUGGUUGCGUUUAGAUGCCAAGUUAAAACAUUAAGGACCUAAGGAAAUUGGACCCUAAACUUUUUCUUUCUUGCUGCCUCUAAUUUUUUUGACAACACUGUGUCCUGUUGAGAAGGAAGACUGCCAUAAUAUACCAUUUGGCUGGCACUGAGGACAAAUUGCUCUGCACAUCUUGGUUUCAGCCAUAUCCAUGACAACACUUUGCUGAUCA